GUUGAGAUAGGAUCGAUCAGUGUUCUCAAUGGCUGCAACAUGGAUCCAUACACUACUUCAAAGAGUCAAAGGAUUCCUUACGUUGGCGGCGUACGGCAUAGCAUUCCAUCUGCUCCGCUUUCUUUGUCCACCAUGCAUUCUUGAUGCGACAGAACCCUCGAGUCAAUCGCCGUCGAAGUUUGCGAAAACGACUCCCCUUCUUGUAAUCAGCAGGGUCCCUGCAUGUGCGGCGGAUGCUGCAUUCUUCGCCGACAAUAAUGCGCUAAUGAUCGCACUGUUGUCAUCCAAGCAACCGGGCCGCUUAGUUUGCGCGCCCCCAUCGUUUCUUCGGCCAUAGCUGUCGCCUGCGCACGAACGUGGUGCCACAUGUCGCUCACUGAAGCUCUGGAUUCUAUAUCAACAUCGCAUUCUCCA